UCGAGGAAGGAGGCAACGGAGUGACUGCUGCCAUGCCUGAAAACGCACACAUGGCUGGGCCCAAAAGCUCUGCGAAGAAGUCAGAGGGUGACCGGGGUGAGAAAAAGGCAAAGAAGCCAAAGAAGACCAAAGGCCAAACAUGGGCAAAAGAGGGACCCCGGGACCCCUUUGAAAUGCUGGACUCUCUCCCUGAAGAGAAGCAGCAGGAGAUCCAGAAAGCCCUGUACCUCUUCUCUCUGGGCCAGGGCCCGCCCAAAACCAUGCAAGACGCCCGCCGACACAACUACCGCUUCUGGAACACCCAGCCCGUCCGCAAGAUCGACGAGGAGGUGACGUCGCAUGGGCCCAUACAGUCGGAGAUGCAGAGCAUUCGUGAGGAAAGCUACUCCCUCCCACAAGGCUUCUGCUGGGAAUCAUUGGACUUAGGAAACCCAGAACAGCUGGGGGAACUGUGUACCUUGCUGAAUGAAAAUUACACAGAAGAGGAUGACAACACAUUACGCUUCCACUACACACCCCAGUUCCUGCUAUGGGCGCUGUGCCCCCCGGGCUGGCGGUCUGAGUGGCACUGUGGCGUGCGUGUCAGCGCCAACCGAAAACUCGUGGGCUUCAUCAGUGCCGUCCCCACCACUGUGCAGAUACACAGCACUGAGCGGAAGAUGGUGGAGGUAAACUUCCUGUGCGUUCAUAAGAAACUGCGCUCCAAACGCAUGGCGCCCGUCCUCAUCCGUGAGAUGGCCUGGCGGGUCCAGCGCCACGGCUUGAUGCAGGCCAUCUACGGCACCAGUGCCAUGUUGCCGACCCCCAUGGCGAGCAGCAGGUACUGGCACCGAUCCCUGAAUCCACGCAAGCUAAUUGAGUUAAAUUUCUCCUCGCUGAGUCGAAACAUGACCUUGCAGCGUGCCCUCAAGCUGAACAGGCUGCCGGAGAAGACCAAAACGGCCGGCCUGCGUCUCAUGGCCCGAGCUGAUAUACCCAGGGUGCAGGUUCUACUGCGCAAGUAUCUCAGAGGGUUCCACCUGUUCCCUAUCCUGAACCAGGAGGAGGUCCAACACUGGCUCCUGCCCCAGGAUGGAGUCAUUGACACCUACGUCGUGGAGGCACCCGACGGUGUCAUAACUGACAUGGUGAGUUUCUACACCAUGUCCUCCACUGUGCUGAAUCAUCUUGUGCACACAAGCCUUAAGGCAGCGUACGCCCUGUACACGGUUGCCACGGCCACCCCAGUGCAGCAGCUGAUGGAGGACGUCCUCGUCAUAGCCAAAGCCAGAGGAUUUGACGUGUUCAUGGCUCUGAGUGUGAUGGAGAACAACGUGUUCCUGGAGCCUCUGAGGUUCACAGAAGGGGGCAGCGGUGUGCAGUACUACCUCUACAACUGGAGGUGCCCAAGCAUAACCGAAGACAAGGUUGGCAUGGUGCUGAAGUGAAAGAGGCACGUCUGCGGCACACCAGAGGAGAGGUCGCCACUGCUUUUCAAACCUUUACGCCGAUUAGCUCGACUGAAGUUCAAAUGCACGCGUGGCGCUCAAAUACGCCCUGAGGCAAAACGAUCACAUUUCCCUGGUCUGAAUGUGUUUUAUUGUAAGGCAUUAUGGCUUUGUUGUGAUGGAUUCAGUCAAGGAGAUUGAGUGGCUGUACCUGAGUCGAAUCAAAAGGCAUGUAUUAGUUUACCUCUUUAACCUUUUCAAAUACAUUGUGAAUGAUUGAAUUAUCAUAACCUCUUUGUAAGUAGUGCGUUUUAAUGUGAGGCCAGGGAAAACAGAAUAGAAAAUGACUAAUAGUCACCAUCUUCACUGGCUGUGGGUUUUGCGGGUACUUUGUAAGUUGAGAUAUAUAUCCUCUUGU